AUGCCUGACAUGCUCGUCAUGGCCCGUCUUUCCUCGUAACACCGCGGAGAUGGCUGUCGACAAGCAGAAAGCACUCCUCUUUGGGGGGGCGGCUGCACUGCGGCUUUUGUUGUUCACCGUCUUUCCCGGCCUUCCCAGUCUCCUUGCUGGCCGCGUCGAGGUGUCCACUCCCGUGACAAGCUUCAAGAGGUUACAAGAGGGACUGUUCCUCUACACCCACAAUGUCUCGCCAUAUGACGGCGGCCUCUACCACCAGGCACCCCUCCUUCUCCCAUUGUUCUCACUGCUACCGAAUCCAUCGCACCAUCCAUUCGCCACGAACCUCGUCUUCGUUGUGGUCGAUCUUCUGAGCGCGUAUGCCUUGGCUCAGGUGGCUCAGAGUGGGACAGCUGCUGUCUCCAGGCUGUUCUCAUCCUCGCGGAGGGACCUACGAUGGAGCAGUGCAGCGAUUGCAGCAGGCUUCCUCUACAACCCGUUCACUGUCCUGACCUGCCUUGCGCGCUCGACUUCAGCCCUCACCAACUUGUUCAUCCUCACAGCCAUGGCUAAGGCGUCCCAGGGAGCCAGCAUCACCUUCACACUCGCCCUCUCGUUCGCUGCAUACCUCGGCAUGCACCCCAUCCUCCUCUUCCCGCCGCUUCUCAUCCUCCUGUACGACGCUCGCGCAGCAAAGUCAAAGACUGCGCCGAGUGCCUGGUCGUUCACAAUCACACAUACACUGGGCUUGACUGCUGUGAGCGGCGGGCUGCUCGUUGCAUCUGCUCUCUUGACAGGGUCUUGGGACUUCUUGGCUGCCACAUACGGUGUACGUCUUCUACUGUCAGACCUUACACCGAACGUGGGGCUGUGGUGGUACUUCUUCAUUGAGAUGUUUGACUCGUUCCGCGAGUUCUUCCUUGGCGUAUUCUGGCUGCACGCAGCAUCCUACAUGCCUGGCCUUACUAUUCGACUGCACAAGCAGCCACUCUUCGUUGCCUGUACCUUGACUGGUAUCUUUGCGGUCUUCAUACCAUACCCCAGCAUUGCAGAUGCGGCGUUGUACUUAUCACUGGUGCCGUUGUUCCGUCACCUCUUCCCUCUAAUGCGCUACACCUUCCUGGCAUCUGCGGCUGUAUUAUACGCAUCCUUCUUGGGACCGGCGUUCUACCAUCUCUGGAUCUAUGCCGGCUCUGGCAACGCCAACUUCUUCUACGCCAUCACCCUGGUCUGGAGUCUGGGUCUUUCAGUCAUCGUUGGAGAUUCACUGUUUGCUGCAUUACGGGAUGAGUUGGAUGUGGAGAGACCUGAGCUUAAGGGCAAGGAAGUCCGACGGAUAUAGAAGUCGCCACUGCAUCUGCAUGAGCGGGCGUACACGAAUGGAUUAUUGCCCACUACCGUCUACACGAAAGUAUCACUGCUGGUUGGGUUUGUUAUUGAACACCUCUUGGAUCUGUCAGUAUCUGAAGUCGACCGACCGCAUACCGUCAGAGAACAAUAAGAGCAACUGUUGCCUUGCAGCCCCGCAAUAGGGUUG